AGUGGCUAGUUGGUAGUUAGUCAACUCUGAGAUUUAGUCACAAAAUGUUAUCGUCGCAACGUUGCCGACGGGUUUUGCUGCUCUUGGCUUUAUGCCAUUGCCUGAGCAUCGCUUGCUCUCUGCAGUGUGCCGAAGAUGAUGAGGAUUGUCGUGAGGCAUUUAUGCAUCCCAACAUUGAAGACCACUCGAUACGACGCCGUUCAAUUCCCGGAGAGGUACAGUCGGAAUAUUGGCUGGACAAAGGCAAACGUUUUGUGGCCUAUAAAGAUGCCAGUGCCAGUCGGCCCCAGCGAGGUAAAGCCAAGAAUAUUAUUUUCUUUUUGGGUGAUGGCAUGUCAUUGGCCACACUGGCUGCCACCCGGGUCUAUUUGGGUGGUGAGGAACAGGAAUUGUCUUUUGAAAGUUUCCCCGAUGUGGGUCUAAUGAAAACCUAUGCCAUUGAUCGUUUGGUAACGGAUUCCGCCUCAGCAGCCACGGCUCUGCUAUGUGGUGUAAAGGCCAACUAUGGUACGGUGGGUGUUUCGGGUCGAGUUCAGCGUGCCGAUUGUGAGGCCUCGAAAGAUCCCGCUCACCAUGUGGACUCCAUUGCCAAAUGGGCCUUGGACAGUGGUCGUCAGGUGGGUUUGGUUACCACCACUCGGGUGACACAUGCCUCACCGGCUGGCCUCUAUGCCCAUGUGGCGGAUCGUGAUUGGGAAAACGACAAGAAAGUAAAGACAGAUUGUGGCAAAAAUUCAGGUAUAGCCGACAUUGCCCUACAGCUAAUGGAAGGAGAUGUGGGCAGGAGGUUCAAAGUAAUUCUCGGUGGUGGAAAAUCACAGUUUUUGGAUAAAGACUACUCCGAGGAUGGCAAGCGUCGGGAUGAACGUAAUCUAAUUAAAGAAUUCCAACAGCUUGAUUCCGAAAAUGUCUUCGUGGAAACCAGAGAUGAAUUGAUGGCCGUGGAGGCGGACAAGACCAAACGUUUAUUGGGUCUCUUCAACGAGGGUCACAUGAAAUAUAAUCUCAAGGCCUUGGAUUCCAAGAAAAAUCAACAACCCACUCUCACCGAAAUGACCCACAAGGCCAUUGAGGUUUUGAGCCAGGGCGAGGGGGGAUAUUUCCUUUUCAUUGAGGCUGGUCGCAUUGAUAUGGCCCAUCAUAAUAACAAGGCCAAACUGGCCUUGGAUGAAACUGCCCAGCUAAGUGAGGCUGUGGCCUUGGCCAGAACUUUGACCAGUGUAGAUGAUACUCUUAUUGUGGUGGCUUCGGAUCAUUCUCAUACCAUGAGUAUUUCAGGAUAUGCUCAACGCAAAAAUGACAUUUUUGGCUUUGGUGCCUUCGGUGAAGACCAGCUGCCAUACCUCACCUUGAGCUAUGCCAAUGGUCCCAGUUUUGGGGAAUUUUACAACACAAAAGCCCAUGUCCGCUAUGAUCCCACCAAUCAAAAUGAAGAUUCAGAUUUAGAUUUUGAUCUACAAUUUCCUUCGACGGUACCCUUGGAAUCUGAGACCCACAGUGCCGAAGAUGUGGCAGUUUAUGCCUCAGGUCCUUGGUCCGAUUUAUUCAGUGGUGUCUAUGAACAGAGUACUUUGCCGUAUUUGAUGGCAUUUGCUGGCUGUUUUGGUCCUGGCAAACAGGCAUGCAGCUCAUAGGGAGAUGCAAGAGUUUGAACCCUUUGAAAAAACAUAUAAAGCUGUAUUGUGAUAUUUAAUUAAAUUAA